AUGGAGCUGGAGAGUUCAGACCACGAGGAGCGCGAUGCGCCAAGCGCUUUGACCCGACGUGCGGUUGAGACGCUGACAGUUAUGGUCUACUUGAACAUCAGUGCGACCAAUGCCGUCUUCGAAAGAUCCGGUGCGACAAGCGCAGUCCAUGCUCGAAUUGUCGGAGCUCAAGUAUCUAUGUCAUCUUCUCGCGACAGUCUUGUGACCCUUGGCACCGAUCGUUCGUUGACAUUUGACCUUAGUGAAAAGAAGAUUGACCUCAUUGAGGAGCGCCUCGCAGGCGUUGAGAAGACACUACAACGCCUCGGAAAUAUCGAGAAUUCUCUGAGAGAACUUCUCAUCGCGUCUCGGCAACACAAUGGACACACCUUUACCACCAGCGCCACUACGACUAGCACAACAGUGUCAUCAACGGCGCCACCUGCUGGAUUUCUUCCCAAGGCCCAUUCACCAGAAUCUAGAUUAGAUAUUACAGAUUCUAAAGGCCCGAGUUAUACUUCGAAUCCUGCCAUCGAAGAACAUGAAUCGGUCCCCCAGUUCGAGGGAUAUUCCUCCCUCGCAGCACAUUCCACCUAUGCCAAGGAAUUUCUCGAAUCAGCAGUCUCCCACAGCACUCCUGAAGUACUGUCGAGCCCCAAGAUUGGUGAGGCUCUUAUGUCACUGAAGCAGAUCGUCGAAAUGCAAGACAAACACCGCGAUGGCGGAGUGCGGAGAGGUCAACUCGCCAGUCACCUUGGAAUGCGUCGGGAUAUUCGCAAACUAGAAAUGCCGCCUCUGCCAGUCGUUCUGAAAGUUCUCAAAAGGGCCAAGGAAUUCCCGCCAUGCUGCUUUGGAAACUACCUACCCUUUUUCACGGUCGAUUACUUCAUCUCCAAAUGCCGAGCAAUCUACUUCGCGACAGAGGAUUAUUCAGACGCCACGUUUAUUAUCUCCAAUUUUGGACUUAAUGGUAUUUUUGUGGAAUUUGGAUUUGACGAAAAUGACCCUGGUGUCAAAGCCGAAUACCAAAGAUAUGAACAGAUGUGCAAGGAUAAUCUCGAAGCGGCGUUAGCGAGCUUGAACCUGUUGAUGCCGAUCACUCUGGAAUCAGUCGUGGCUCUUGCUCUUGGAGCCAUUCACGGAAUCGAGAUCUCGAAGCCAUCCGUCGGCUGGACCUUUGCCUCCACUGCGGUCCAAAUGUGUCAAAGCUUGGGCUACAGUCGUCUUUCAUCAAUGGAAAAUGAUCCUCUCGAGCUUCAACGCCGCAAACAGGAUCUCUUCUGGUCCGCGUAUACCAUCACGAACAUGAUGGCCCUUCGUGUGGGACGAGCCUCUGUGGUGCAAACUUGCGAUAUCGACAUACCUCCACCAUCCGAGUGUUUUGUGAACAUGGGAGUGUGGAGCAAUGUCUGUGCUAUCUGGGCCCGACAGGCUAUCAUACAGAAUGACAUCUAUGUUAAUCUCUACAGUCCCGCAGCACUGAAUCAGCCCGAGAGUCAACGCGUGAUGCACGCACGGCGGCUCGCCGAUGAGAUGAAAAGAGAAGUUCUUGAGCCCUUUGAGCAAAUCAUGAUCGGGGAACUCAACAUAUCCGAAGUGGACUUUAUCUAUCUCCGCUCUGACGGUGUGAGUCGUCUGGCAAUUUUGACUCUGAUCUAUCGUGCAAUUCCCGCCGAGCCUGGGACGCCUAGCACGUUUGUUCCAGAGUGCACCGAGACUGCAAGAGCUGCGUUAGAGCUGCACCAAGCAUGUGUGGGAAGUCUGAAGGAGGCUUCCGAGACGCUGCGCACUUCCUAUAUGCACUGGGCCAUUCUCACAUCUCCAUUUGUCCCGUUCAUCGUGAUCUUUUGCCAUGUGAUCACCACGUCGGAUCGAAGGGAUCUCGCUCGCCUGGAGGCAUUCACAGCGUCACUACAGCCGCUCUGCCGAUCCUCUCAAUCGAUCGACCGACUCCACAACCUCUGCUCAAUGUUCAGUACCGUCGCCCGCCUUUACGUAGAAGCUAAAGCACGCAAACGUGCCGGUAACGAUCACGGCAUGGGCGCCGUGGGUCAGGAAUUUGACGCGUAUCUGUCCGCUCUUGGCUUGGCUCCUGGAAAUGUCAUGGCGCAGAAUGCCUGGGGCGGCCUGACACCAGAUGGUUCGUCCUCGAUGACUUUUAGUCUGACGGAUUCAUCACUCCCAACGCCAGGAUUCGGGGGCUCUGGGAUGGACUUGUCGUCCAUGGCGGGUAUUUCGCAGGCGACGCAGCUUGGGAAUUGGUUCUCGAGUAACCAGUACAUGAUGGGGUUACUGGAGGAGGAUUUAUUUCAAUUUAAUCCGUCUUGA